AUGGGCUGCUCCUCUGGCCGCCAGCCCCCCGCCCCGGUCCUUCAUCCAGACUUGGACUGCGGCCACGAUACUCAGACAAACACUUUGCCCCAGGACUCCGAAAACCAGAAUUUAAACAGCUCCGGAAGUGUGGAUGGACAAGAAGUCAAACCUCCGGAGUCUCUUCCCACUCUGGAGCGGCUGGCUCAAGCUACAGGCGGCACAGAAAAGUCCUGGUACCGCUGCGUGUUCCCUUUCGGGGUGAUCUCACUGGUCAUCGGGAUGGCGGGCACCGGGGUGACGUUUACCUUCAACACCCCUCUCCAGACCAAAGUAGUGUCAGUGGUUUUGUUGUGCAUUGGGGUCGUGAUGUUGCUGGUGGCUGCCGUUUGUUGGCGGGCCCACAGACUGAGAAGGAGGAAAAAGAAGGAGGGAGGUUUCUUCACCACUGAUCUGGGUACUCUGUGA